AUUUAAUUUGCAUUUGCAUUUAAGAUUCAUUUCAUUUCCACUCAAAAAAGAAAGAUAGGCUCCGGGCUCGUCUUUUUUGACUCAAACAAAGAGAGAGAGCGGAAGAAAAGUCUCACUUUUCAAACCCUUUCUUCUUUUUUCUAGUUAUAAACCCGGCCUGCAUUUCCAGGGACAAGAUAUAACUGGGUUUUGCCUUGUUUCUUCAUUUUCUUCCAAGGCUUCAAAUUUUGGGUCUCAACUCUCUCAAGAAAUUAAGGGAGAAAGGGCAGAAGGGGUUAGUUCAAGUAUGGGGGUUGGUGAAUUUCAAGAACAGGAAAGGGUAGCAGAUGGUUUGUCGGGCUUGCUUGAAUUAGCGGCCGCAGAUGACUUGAUUGGUUUUAAGACUGCUGUGGAAGAAGGUGGUCUUGAUGUUGAUGGGUUUGGACUUUGGUAUGGGAGAAGGGUUGGCUCGAAGAAGAUAGGGCUUGAGGAGAGGACUCCGCUUAUGAUUGCUUCUAUGUUUGGUAGCACACGUGUAUUGGUGUAUAUACUUGAAACAGGCUGUGUUGAUAUUAACAGAGCUUGUGGUUCUGACGGAGCUACUGCCCUUCACUGUGCUGUUUUUGGUGGAUCUGCUGUCGUGGUCGAUGUUGUCAAGCUCUUGCUUGAUGCAUCUGCGGAUGUAAAUUGUGUUGAUGUCGAGGGGAAUAGGCCUUCAGACCUGAUUGUACCCUUUGUGAGCUCUGCAUAUCAUUUGAAAAGGAAGACGCUGGAGCUCUUGCUAAAUGGUUACACUGAUUCUGACGAGGCUUGUGUUUUGGGUGAUAAUAUUGCCAAAAAAAUGGAAGGUCAGUUUGUUGAAGAGGUUUCAUCACUGCAGGACCCAAAAGAUGGCCCUGAGAGAAAAGAUUAUCCUGUUGACCUUUCACUUCCAGACAUAAAGAAUGGUAUAUAUGGGUCAGAUGAGUUCAGAAUGUAUACGUUCAAGAUAAAGCCUUGCUCAAGAGCAUAUUCCCAUGACUGGACAGAGUGCCCGUUUGCCCACCCCGGUGAGAAUGCAAGGAGGCGUGAUCCAAGGAAGUUCCAUUAUAGCUGUGUUCCUUGCCCUGAGUUUCGAAAGGGUGCAUGCCGCCAGGGAGAUGCUUGUGAAUAUGCACAUGGAAUAUUUGAGUGCUGGCUUCAUCCUGCCCAGUAUCGCACACGUCUGUGCAAGGAUGAGAUAGGCUGUAACCGUAAGGUCUGUUUCUUUGCGCACAAGCCUGAAGAGCUUCGUCCCUUGUAUGCCUCCAGUGGUUCAGCUGUGCCUUCAUCAUUGGAUUUUUUGACAAUGAGCCCACUUGCCCUUGGUUCACCAUCUCUCAUGAUGUCCCCAUCCUCUACCCCACCGAUGACUCCUUCUGGACCAUCUUCUCCAAUGGCAGGAUCGUUGUGGUCGAACCAAUCUAACUUUGCUCCCCCAACCCUGAAUCUUUCUGGGAGCAGAUUAAGAACUACUCUAAGUGCUAGAGAUAUGGACAUGGAAGCUGAUUUUCUUGGUGUGGAGAAUCAUCGUCGACGUCAACAACAAUUGUUUGAUGAACUAUCUGGUCUCUCUUCUCCAACCGCUUGGAACAAUUCCUUCUCAAGUUCUGCAGCUUUUGCUGCUUCCCAGGGUGAUUGGAAUGGGGAGCCUAACAGAUUUUUAGGAGUGAAGCCUACUAACCUUGAUGACGUUUUUGGGUCUCAUGAUCCUGCAGUUUUGUCUCACCUACAGGGGCUAUCACUUGAUGCGGGUACAACCCAGUUACAAUCUCCAACUGGGACUCCCUUGCGCCACAGUAUGAACCAGCAACUCCGCUCUAGCUAUCCAUCAAACCUCUCAUCCUCACCUGCAAGGACAUCACAGUCAUAUGGAAUUGAUCAGGCUCAGGCUGCGGCUGCGGCUUCUUUCGUAACGGCAAGAUCUUCUGCAUUUGCAAAAAGGAGCCAAAGCUUCAUUGAUCGAAGUGCUGUGACCCAUCAUUCCGGGAUAUCUUCUAGCUCUGCUGCUGGUAUGUCAGACUGGGGUUCACCUAAUGGAAAAUUGGAAUGGGGGAUCCAGAAAGAAGAGCUAAACAAGUUAAGAAAAUCUGCUUCAUUUGGGUUGCGGAGCAGUGGCGGCAGCUAUGGUGCUCCUGCUGCUUCAAUUCCCUCCCCCACUAAGGAGCACGAUUCGUGGCCUCGGGUCAAGGAUGUCCCAGCAGAAAAAUCUGGCCAGUCUCAUACUGAGGAGCGUAAUCUCACUAAUGGAGGUUUAGAGAUGCUUCCACAAUGGGUGGAGCAGUUUUACAUGGACCAAGAGCAGUUGGUGGCGUAAGUUCUAGCACUGAUAUGAUUCUUCAAUUAAUUCUUACAGAGUUCUCCUACCAUUUUUUUAAUUUUUUGUCUUCAUAUUUAUUAUUUACCAUAUGGUUGGAAGAAAUUGGAAUAGAGUUGGACAAUAUUUUUGUGGGUAAACAAAAAUACUUGGGCAGGAUGAAAGCAUUCUGUUCAUAUCAUUUUUUCUUGUAACUUCUCUCUAUAUAUAUAUAUCUACUUUUAUUUGUUAA